CCGGCGGGCGGGAGCUUUGCAUUUUGCAGCGCUGGGCUCCGAGGGGGCGGGGGCUGGAGGAAGCGGAAAGCCGCGCCGAGUCGCCGGGGACCUCCGUGAACCAUGUUGAGCCCUGCCAACGGGGAGCAGAUCCACCUGGUGAACUAUGUGGAGGACUACCUGGACUCCAUCGAGUCUCUGCCUUUCGACCUGCAGAGAAACGUCUCGCUAAUGCGGGAGAUUAUUUUUUCCUUUGCAGAAAUCCUGAAGGAACUGGAUGAGUAUUAUGAGAAGUUUAAACGUGAGACGGAUGGCACCCAGAAGAGGCGAGUGUUGCACUGCAUUCAGAGAGCCCUGAUUCGGAGUCAGGAGCUGGGGGAUGAGAAGAUCCAGAUUGUGAGUCAAAUGGUGGAGCUGGUGGAGAACCGGACCAGGCAGGUGGACAGUCAUGUGGAACUCUUUGAGGCACAUCAAGAGGUCAAUGACACCACUGGCCACAGUGGCAAAGCCAGCCAAGAUAAGUCCAAAAACGAGACAAUCACGCAGGCAGAAAAGCCCAAUAACAAGAGGUCCCGGCGACAGCGCAACAACGAGAAUCGGGAGAAUGCAGCUAAUAAUCACGACCAUGAUGACAUCACCUCAGGAACACCUAAGGAAAAGAAAGCAAAGGCCUCCAAGAAGAAGAAACGCUCCAAGGCCAAAGCAGAGAGGGAAGCAUCGCCUGCAGACCUUCCCAUUGACCCGAACGAGCCAACGUACUGUCUGUGUAAUCAGGUCUCCUAUGGAGAAAUGAUUGGCUGUGACAAUGACGAGUGCCCCAUCGAAUGGUUCCACUUCUCUUGUGUAGGACUGAAUCAUAAACCAAAGGGCAAGUGGUACUGUCCCAAAUGUCGAGGGGAGAAUGAGAAAACCAUGGACAAAGCCUUGGAGAAAUCCAAAAAGGAGAGGGCUUAUAACAGGUAGUGGUGGACCUCGCUGAACAGUGAGGAGAACUAAGCCCGUGUAUUUAUUACAUCGCCACCUUUGGUGAGGCGCAAGGACUGUACAAUGUAUAUUUUUAAAGAAUGUUAGAAAGGGAGCCAUUCCUUUUGUAGGGAUGGCAGUGGUUCUUUUUGCUUUUUGUUUUCAUUGGUACACAUGUGUAACAACAAAGUGGUCUGUGGAUCAACAUUUUAGAAACUACAAAUAUAGAUUUGAAUUAAACACUCAAGUGAGUCUCAGACUGAUUUUUAUUUUUCUUUUUGACUAGGGGAGUUGACUUGGAACCUAACACAUUAAACGUGGAAAGAAAAGGUUUUGUUUAGCUACUGUUUUAUUUUAAUAAAAGUAAUGUUAUUAAAACAUUAACUAAUUUUUUAAAAUUAUCCAAGUUGCUAAAUAUAUAGCCCAUAGCAAAUUUGUUUUCUUGCUAUAAUAAUGUAUGUCCGUAUAACAAUUUGAUUAAAAGGUUUAAAGUUUGAAGAUUAUUUUUUGAAAAGGUAAAUGGUCAAGUUUUACAUGACAAACAUUUUAUAUUCUGUCCUGUUCCCCUAAAUGGCCAUUUUUGAAUGAUUGGGUACAUUUUUUAUUAAACAGAAGUGGUCUAGUCUUGGAACUCCAAAUCACGCUUUUGCUAUCAUCCUAAUGUAGCUGUAUUUAAUUUACAUAAGGUAUAUAAAUGUACAUUUCCAAGUGAACUUGGACUUGGCUGUAUUAUAAUCAGAAGUGCAGCCAGGUGCCGUUGUGAAACCAAGGUGUGUUUUCUGCUGUGUGCAUGAGAGCUGUACAGAUGUGACAUCAAGAAAUAAAUGAAGCUUAGCCAGUUCCUCUAGCAGUAUAUUUAAUUUUGACAUAACUGAUUUUUAAAUUUUAGUCUUCAAAAUUGUACACCAGCAUUAGACAAAGCCUUAAGCAAAUUUUGUAUUAUUGUUCUCACUUAAUGAAAUAGAAGUUACCUAACUGCCAGCAAAUAAAUGUCAAAGCAGAAUAUAUAAUUAAACCAGGGCUUGGAAAAUUAUUGUCCACAGGCUAGAUCCAGCCCACCACCUGUUUUUGUAUUACCUGUGAGCAAGAAUCAUCUUCACUUUGUUAAAAGGUUAAAAAAUAAAAGUCAAAAGAAGAACCUUAUUUUGUGACACAUGAAAAUUAUAUGAAAUUCAAAUUUUAGUGUCCAGAAAUAAAGUUUUAUUGGCACACAGCCAUGCUCAUUUACUUACGCAUUGUCUGUGGCUGUUUUUGUACAAUGGCAGAAUUGAGUGGUUGUGAAAGAGGCCAUAUGACCCACAAAGCUGGAAUUAUUUAUUGUGCCCUAUGCAGAAGUUUGCUGAUCUCUUAUUUAGACUAAUUUCUUGUAUGAUAACCUAUGUUCUUAACUGCCCACAUAUUGAAAAGGUCAACAGAAUUUCCAUUUCUAAGCGAUUUAUGGUUCACUCGAACCAUAUGUUUCAGAAAAUGUUUCUUUCCAUAGUUUGUUUUGUAUUCUCUGAAGCUGCCUCAAGGAAGACUUGAGUAACCACUGUAGCAUAUAAGGAGCUAUAUGGCAUUUAUUUAUUAGUAAAACAAUAAGUUGCUUUUGAUUGUUUACUUCAUAAACAAUUAUCGAAAACUG